CAAUUUCUUCACUAGGUAAAUAUCCAAAGCAAGAACCAAAAUUUGCAACUCCCAUGGCUGCCUCUACAAUGGCUCUCUCUUCUCCUUCAUUUGCCGGGAAGGCAGUGAAGCUCUCCCCCACCACCUCCGACGUUAUUGGCUCAGGUCGAGUCACAAUGAGGAAAACCACCUCCAAGGCCCCAGUAUCCGGGAGCCCAUGGUACGGUCCAGACCGUGUAAAGUACUUGGGUCCAUUCUCAGGUGAGUCACCAAGUUACCUCACCGGUGAAUUCCCAGGAGACUAUGGAUGGGACACUGCAGGACUAUCUGCAGACCCAGAGACCUUCUCCAAGAACCGUGAGCUAGAGGUCAUCCACAGCAGAUGGGCUAUGCUCGGAGCUUUGGGCUGUGUUUUCCCAGAGCUUUUGGCUCGCAAUGGAGUUAAAUUCGGAGAGGCUGUCUGGUUCAAGGCUGGAUCUCAGAUUUUUAGUGAGGGUGGUCUUGAUUACUUGGGUAACCCAAGCUUGGUUCAUGCUCAGAGCAUUUUGGCUAUCUGGGCAACACAAGUUGUUUUGAUGGGUGCGGUUGAGGGUUAUCGUAUUGCUGGAGGACCACUUGGGGAGGUGGUUGACCCAUUAUACCCUGGUGGUAGUUUUGACCCAUUAGGUUUGGCUGAUGACCCAGAGUCCUUUGCUGAGCUUAAGGUUAAGGAAUUAAAGAAUGGGAGACUUGCCAUGUUCUCCAUGUUUGGAUUCUUUGUUCAGGCUAUUGUUACCGGAAAAGGUCCAUUAGAAAACUUAGCUGAUCACCUUGCCGACCCAGUUAACAAUAAUGCCUGGUCUUACGCCACAAACUUUGCUCCAGGAAAGUGAGGGAGGGAUGAGUGUGUUGUAUCAAUCAUGUAAAAUUAUUAGUUCUUAUAAAAUCGAUUUUUUUGCU